AUGCGGGGGUCGGCCGGGAGUCAGUCGCUCCGCCCUCUGGGCCGCGCUCGGGCCGCCUCGGCGGUUAGCAGGAUGGAGACGCCGCAGCCGGCGCGGCCUCUUUCCCGAACGCGGCCCUCAGGGGGUCUCCCGAGUCAAGGACGCGGCCCAGGCGGCAGUGCCUCUGCCCCCGCCCCGCGCCCCUUCUCGCGGCCUCCAGCCGCCCGCACUCACCAUGGAGCCAACCUCAACGCGCGACAGCACGGGCACAAGACGGAGACCACAAGGUCGCCCCGCCCGGAACCUACGCGCGCCUGCACAGAGAGCACGACGCCGCGAGCCGGCGGCCCUCGGGAGGCUCCGCCCAUGUGCGCCGGGCACAGGCCCGGCCCUCGCCGCGCCCCCUCAACAUUCCCCUCACUCACGCGUCACCCCAGCCCCGCCUCACCCCAGCCCCGCCUCACCCCAGCCCCGCCACCUGCCCCGCCCCCUCUCGCCGCACCCUGCAUCGCCCCCGCCCCAACUCCUCUGCGCCACCCUGCAGCCGCACCUGGAGGUGAGGGGCUUCCCCGCAGCCGCCAGCCAGCGAGGGAGAGAUUUAACAACACAGAUGACACAGUGAAAUUGGCCCAGCCAAGCAAUUUUCAAAACAUGAAUGAAAAAGGAGGGAGGGGGGCAAAUUUUAAGACGCAAUACACGAAAAUCGAAGGUAAAUACAAAUGCACGCAAAUGAAGAUAGGGGAAAGAGUAUCUCACACAUUCUUCCAGAGACGACGGUCCUGA